AUGCCCCAGCCCAGGCUUUCCCUCCCCAGCCCAGCCGAGCUCCACGCAGCCCGUAGCAGGACGGGGUCAGUCCGGGACUCCGCCACGCUGCUGCCGUCCACUCGUGUGCUCCUGAAGAGGCGGGAGGUGGCGGAGGUGGAGCGGGAGCUGCAGAGGCACCGAGAGGUGAGGGCGGCCCCGGCCCCUCGGGUGUCCCCUCCCCGGGCGCUGCGGGAGUUCCAGCGGCGGAUGGAGCGCCUGGCGCAGCGCCGGCAGCAGCUGGCCCGGAGGGAAGAGCAGCACCGCGAGGCCGUGCUCAGAUUUGACUCGUUCCUCAAGGCGGUGGCGGCCAGGCGGGAGCGGGCGCUGCGCCGGGAGGGCGAGCAGCGGGCACGGGCGGCGGCGGAGCGGGCUGAGGCCGGGCGGCUGCGCCGGGAGCUGGAGGCGCUGCUGCGGCACAGGGAGCGCCUGGCCCGGCGCCUGCGGAGCCUCCGGCCCUUCGGGGACUACCUGCGGGACGUGCUGGCCACCAUGGGGCAGUUCCAGGACGUGCCGGCCAUGCUGGCGCAUUUCGGGRUGCUGGCGGGGAUGCGGGCGGCGCUGGCACGGGAGGCAGAGGCCGGGCAGGAGCGGCUGGCCCAGGCCAUGGCACGGCUCCAGCGGUACCGACAGGAGAGCAGCACCCAGCUCCUGGCCACCAGGGACGAGCUGGCCCGGCUCCACACACGCCUGGAGGCCGCUCGCCAAGACGCGCUGCAGUGGGAGUCCUGCUGGACCCAGAUCCAGAGCACAACCACGCAGAAGACCUUGCUGCUGGAGCAGAUCAAGCUGGCUGUGCUGAACCUCUUCCAGCUGACCACGGCACAGCUCAGGAUCCCCAUGGACGGRGCCCAGGAGGACACCAAGGGCCAACUGGACAUGCUGCUGCUCUGCCUGCGGGCCCUGGCUGACAUCUGUGACCCUGACACACACCCACUGCACCACAGGGGUGCCAGGCUGCCUCAGGGCCAGGAAUAGCCUUGGGGACACCCAUCUAUCUGSUCCUGGGGCUGGGGAGAGGCUGCCAGGGCCAGCGUGGAGCCACG